AUGGCGGACGACGUUGCUGCAUUCAUGGACCAGCAUGGACUGACGCUGCCCACUGUCAUCGGUCACUCGAUGGGAGCCAAAGCUGCCAUGACCCUUGCUUUGAAGUCACCCGAACUUGUGCAAGAUAUCGUGGCGGUUGAUAAUGCGCCUGUUGAUGCUGUCUUGGAGAGCUCAUUUAGCAAGUAUAUCCAGGGUUUGAAGAGAAUCGAAGCAGCGAACAUCACGAAGCAGGCUGAAGCAGACGAGAUCCUGAAGGAUUACGAGGAUGUGAGAUUAUUCCACUUUACUCUUAGAUGGGUUGCUCGAUCAAUCAUGCUCACCACGGUGCUCCAGUCUCUCCCUAUCCGCCAAUUUCUUCUGGGUAAUUUGUAUCGGCCCGAGGCUGGUAAGCCACAGCAAAAAUUCCGGGUGCCCCUCGACAUUAUCAGUCGGUCCUUGAUCCACAUGGGUGAUUUUCCAUUCAAGGACCCGACAAAGACUCGCUUCGAAAAGCCUGCUCUAUUUGUCCGGGGCACCAAAAGCAAGUACGUGCCCGAUGACGUUCUGCCGACGAUUGGGCAAUUUUUUCCCAAGUUCCGACUGGCAGAUCUUGAUGCCGGACACUGGUGCAUUUCGGAGAAACCAGAGGAGUUUCGUCAAGCGGUUGUUGAGUUCCUAAAGAACCAAGACUAG